AUGCUAGACACAGGGAUCAUUGUGCCCUUCAAGUCCCCAUACGGGUCCCCUGUGCUAUUCCAAAAGAAACAUGAUGGCAGCCUACAAUUCUGUGUGGACUAUCGGGCUCUAAACAAAAUCACCGUGAAGAACAAGUAUCCUAUUUCGCUAAUGGCAGACUUGUUCGAUAGACUGGGUGGUGCGACGGUGUUCACCAAGAUAGACCUGAAGACCGGUUAUUGGAAAGUUCGGAUUGCAGAGGGCGAUGAGCACAAGACGACUUGUGUGACAAGAUAUGGGUCGUAUGACGUCCUGGUUAUGCCGUUUGGCUUAGCUAACGCUCCAACCACUUUUUGCACCCUAAUGAACCAAGUCUUCCGAGAGUACAUUGACAAAAUCGUGGUGGUCUACUUGGAUGACAUUGUGGUAUAUAGCCAAACACUUGAAGAACACUUGGAGCACUUGCGGAAGGUCAUAGCUCGAUUGCGGGAGCACGAACUAUAUAUGAAGCUGUCCAAGUGCUCCUUUGCUCAAAAAUAG